GUUUCCCUGAAAAGCCACCAACCAGGGCCCAACUGCCCAUUCUCCCUUCGUGCAGUGAAAGGACAAACAGCUGCUUGGGGUCAUGGCUGUACGGAGGUUUUUUAGAAACAUCUGGAAAAGAUGUUCGGCGCUCUUCUGCUGCAGGAAGAGCGACGUAGAGGACCUUCCUGUGCCUCCUGACAGAACUGACGAGGCACAUGAACAGGCGGACCAGAAGGGAGAAUGGUGGACACAGAUUCGUGUGUCCGAUGGACGCAGGCCUUCCUCCCAAGGGGGUUUGAUGGGUGUUCGUGCCACCGCCCGGAGCCCCAGGAAGGAAGAGGUGAUGCCAGUUCUCAUUUCAGUGAGAAAUGAGAAGAUAGCGAAGUGGAGGCCGCGGCUCUCAACCAUCUGGGAGACCUGCACUGAGUCGGAUCCUUCGGAAGAAUACCGACCAAGAGAGGUGCAGGAGGAAAGCAGUGCCUGCCUAUCAAGAGAGGAAAAGGAAGAGCACUGGAGGCCGCGACUCCCCCCCAGAUCAGAGACCUGCAGAGAAUCGGACGAAGAAGACCAGCCGGCGGAGGAGCAGCUCUCUCCUACUGGGGAGAAGACGCAUACUUCGGAGGAUUCGAUGGAAGUCCUGGUGGGCUCCCGGAACAACAGCCUGGAGGAUUUUGACUCCAUUUCUGCCCUCUUGGAUGAGGAGUCUGAGGGAAGCUGGGAGCAGGCUGCAGAGGCUUCGGAGGCCAGCCUUUCGUCCAGUCCGUGGGAUUCUCCCGAAGAAGGGGAAGCCUCGCUGGACAAUGUCAGCAGCCUGGAGGAGGACUCCCUGGACCUCAGUCUCUAAUUAAAAGAGACGCUUCCCCAGAUGCCUCUCCAGAAGGCAGAUCGGAGGAGGAUGAACCAGUCCCAGGCACAUCAGGAGGUGAGUUGGCCAAUGCCUCCGAACAGCCAGCGGAGAGUGAUUUGGCUGAAGCACAGCUGCAGCAGGAGAGCCCUGAAACUUCCGGGCAGCUGCAGAUGGUUAGCUUUGAGCAGGAACUGCUUUCUGCAUUAUCCGAGAACAACUAGGGAAGAGAAAAGGCAGGAGCAGCAAAGGGCGGUUCUUUCACUCACGAGGAGGUAGUCUUGCCUUUCUUGAUGGGCUGCACC